AUGGCAUCUCCAAUUCCCCGCGGCCUGCGCCAGGUGCUGCAGAAAUCCCCCAACGACAUUGUGAUUCUGUCCUCGCUGCGGACACCCGUCACCCGUGCCAAGAAGGGCGGCUUUAAGGACUCGUACCCGGAAGAAUUGCUCGCCAACGUGCUGCGCGCGACACUUAAGGCGAACCCGAACUUGGACCCAGCACUGAUCGAUGAUGUCGCUAUUGGGUCAGUCCUGCAAGAACUGGGUGGUGCCAAAGCUGGUCGUAUGGCCCAGAUUCACGCGGGGUUCCCGCACUCGGUGCCCUUCAACACGAUCAACCGACAAUGCUCGUCGGGCCUGGCGGCCAUCACCGCGGUGGCGAACGGGAUCCGGGCGGGCGCCAUUAAUGUCGGCGUGGGUGGUGGCAUGGAGUCGAUGACACGCAAUUAUGGAUCGCGUGCGAUCCCGACAGUGUUGUGGCCAGAGCUGAAGGAGUCGCCGUCGCAGGACGCCCGCGACUGCAUCAUGCCCAUGGGCAUCACAUCGGAGAAUGUCGCGGCGCGGUACGGAGUGUCACGGGAGGACCAGGACGCCUUCGCCGCCGACUCGCACAAGAAGGCCGGUGCCGCCCAGCAGGCCGGCCGCUUCGACUCCGAGAUCGUCCCCGUCACCACCAAGUUCCUGGCACCCGAGCACCCCGACGCCUCGCUGCAGGACCUGACCGUCACGCAAGACGACGGCAUCCGCCACAACAUCUCCGUCGAGAAGAUGGCCUCCCUGAAGCCCGCCUUCUCUGCGACCGGGUCCAGCACCGCCGGCAACAGCUCGCAGGUGAGCGACGGUGCCGCCGCCGCCCUGCUGAUGCGCCGCUCCACCGCCGAAGAGCUGGGCCUGUCGGGCUCCAUCAAGGCCCGCUGGGUUUCCACGGCCGUUGCGGGCUGUGCGCCCGACGAGAUGGGCGUGGGCCCGGCCGUCGCCAUUCCCAAGCUCCUUGAGACCGUCGACGUCAAGGUCUCCGAGGUCGGCGUGUGGGAAAUCAACGAGGCCUUUGCCUCCCAGGCUCUUUACAGCAUUCGAAAGCUGGGCAUCGACCAGGCCAAGGUCAACCCUAACGGUGGUGCCAUCGCUAUCGGCCACCCGCUUGGUGCCACUGGUGCUCGCCAGCUUGCUACUCUCUUGCCGGAGAUGGAGCGCAGCGGCCAGGACGUGGGUGUGGUCAGCAUGUGCAUUGGCACUGGUAUGGGUAUGGCUGGUAUGUUUGUGCGAGAGUAA